AUGGAAGAGGUUUUGGAGAGACAAGAGCGAGAAACUAGAGAAACAAUGCGUAGAAGAGGUGCAAGCAAGAGGGUGCAGAGAGAACUAGAUGAGCAACUUGGCAUAGCAGUGGCUUUGCUUGAGGAAGAAAAUCAGAGCCGCUAUGGUUCACGUGAAGGCCGUUGCCCGGAUGUGGACAGACAUAGACAUUCUCGGGGUAAGAAUCUUCUAGAAGAUUAUUUUAUCCCACAAUCUCUGUACUAUGAUGUUCAUUUUCAGAAAAAUGCUGCUGGAAAUUUGGGACUUCUUCCCAAGCAAAAGUUCAUAGCAGUGAUACGAAUGUUGGCGUAUGGGUCAUUUGCUGAUCAGGUGGAUGAGAUUGUCCGUAUGGGGAAGUCCACUAUUUUGGAGACCUUGGUGCGAUUCUGUGAUGCAGUGGAAACUCUGUACACCAGGGACUACUUGCGCAGACCUACGCCCAGGGACCUGCAACGGCUUCUACAAAAAGCUGAGAUUCGAGGAUUUCCUGUAAUGAUUGGCAGCAUUGACUGCAUGCACUGGCAAUGGAAAAAAUUUCCAACUGCUUGGCAAGGGGAUUACAAAAACAGGAAAGGGCAGAAAUCAAUCAUCCUUGAAGCAGUUGCUAGAUUCGAUACAUGGGUUUGGCAUGCCUUCUUCGGAGUUGCCGAAUCUCAAAACGAUUUGAACGUACUGGGUCAAUCCCCGGUGUUUAAUGAUGUAUUGAGAGGUGAAGCCCCAAAUGUCACAUAUGAAAUCAACAAUACUGUCUACCAAAAUGGGUAUUAUCUAGCUGACGGCAUCUACCCAAGGUGGACCGCAUUUGUGAAAUCAAUUCCACAUCCUCGAUCUCAUAAGCAAAAAUUAUUUGCUGCCUAUCAAGAGGGUUACAACAAAGAUGUGGAGAGGUGGUUUGGUAUCCUCCAAGCGUGGUGGGCUAUUAUUAGGGGUGCGGCGCGUCUAUUUGACGAAGAGGUGCUUAGGAGCAUAAUGAUAACUUGUAUCAUCCUCCACAACAUGAUUGUGGAGGAUGAGUAUGAUUAUCUAGCUGAUGAAGUGUAUGAACCAGAUCCCAUGAAUACGCCCUUGACACGAAUUUAUGAAAAACCCUUGGGGCCAAAUGGAGAACCAGUGCAGCAUGAACCGUUGGUUCGAGACGGUAGUUUCAUGCCCCGUAUGAUUGAUCGCUACACGGAGAUGCAAUCGUCGUAUAUUCAUGAAUGA